AUGGCCAACUAUGCGCCCCAUGACACAAAUAUAUGUACCAUCUGCUCGCAAUUCCACAACAGCAAGUAUGAAACCUUUAACUUAACUAUGGAUUAUAUAAUUGGCGUCGCUGGCUCAGGAUGCCCCACUGCGAACGUCAUUCACAAGGCGUGUACAGUCAGACAUGGCCCGGAUGCCCCGUCAGAGACCAAUGACGUUAGCUUCAUGGUUUCCGCAGGUGGCAAUAUGCCAGUUCGAUGCGAUGGGAUAGAGCUCUAUUCCGCUCAAGGUGCGGGUGGCAAAUUUGGAAUCCGACAACUCCAACAUAUCUCAGGUUUUGCAACAGACGAAGCCUGUAUCAACCUUAUAAGAUCCUGGGUCCAUACUUGCAACAAUGACCAUCGCACGGCCACCUGUUUGCCAGAGCAUCCCCCUCUACUUCCUCGUCGUAUUCUUGAUGUCGGUGGUCCUGGAACCGACCCAAAAAGCGCAAUUAGACUAUGCGAAACGGAAGAGGCUCCAGGCUCUUAUAUUGCGUUAAGUCACUGUUGGGGUAACUUAGAAGAACAGCACAGUUGUCAGACCAAGAAAGACAACAUCGCCCAGCGACUGAACAGCAUCGAGUGGAGUGAAUUGCCCAAGACGUUCCAGGAUUCUGUCAUCAUAACCCGGGCCCUGGGGAUCCGAUACCUCUGGAUCGAUUCCCUGUGUAUUAUUCAAGGUGACGUCGAAGACUGGGAGCGAGAAUCGAAAUGUAUGGCACGCAUCUACCACGAUGCUUAUGUUACAAUUGCUGCUGCAGUCGGGCAAAGUGAUUCUGAUGGCUUCAUUAAGGAACGUGAGAAGGAAUUCCGCCCGCAUGAGGUGGUAAGAGGUAUUUAUUGGAGAAAGGAGGUCAACCAUGUUGUUCACAAUCGGCGAGAGCCACUUGCAACGCGCGCAUGGUGUUAUCAAGAGCGUCUAGUCCCUCGACGAGUCUUGACCUUCCACCAUGCUGAAGUAAUGUUUGAAUGUCGCUUAGCACAUUGGUGUGAGUGCGGUCGAAAUGAAGCGUACGGGAAAUUUCCUGAUCGUGUUGCCCAUAAGCGGAUGCUUUCAAAAGGAACCAGGACAGAGGAAGAGCUGGUGGACUACUGGUACAGCACGAUAAUUAGGGAUUACACGCGUCUAUCCCUCAGCUACGAGAGUGAUCGGCUUCCAGCGUUGUCUGCGAUUGCGUCUCAAAUCCAUGCCAAAACAGGUGGUCGAUGUGUGGCAGGGAUUUGGGAGAACCAGGUACUGGAUGGCCUUCUAUGGCGAUGUUGGGGCAGGCAGGUUUCAACAAGGAAUUCAAAUGGCAAAUCUUCCUCCCCAUGGCCAUACAGCACGGACAAUGCGAGGCUCCAUCCUGGAGCUGGGCCUCGUGUGAGGGGCCGAUAUCGUACGGCAUAUCUUCCAAGCCGUGUCAGUCAGACAUCGUCUAUAUCCCUGCUCUAUCUCAAACCCGGCAUCGCCUUAUGUACGAGGUUGACGUUGUGA